ACGUUUCUUCUUUUCCUCGCUUCCCGCAACCGAAAUGCUCCUUUCUCGCCGUCGGUGAAAGCCCCGCGAGCGCUGGCGGGCCUGGGGCGCAGCUUCUAGAGAGGAGAAAAAACUGCGCGCGCUUGUACCUCGGGGGGAUCCACUCCGGACGGUGGGAGGAGCGAGGGGCAAGCGCCGCUGAAACAACGUGUAAUGGGGGAGAACCCGGCACAUCCUGGCUCUGCUGGCAAGGCCAUCAUCUCCUAAGAGCGAUGGUGGCGGCUUCAUCAAGGACGACAGCAAGAGCACCAACUCCGGUCACAGGGACCCGGCGACGUAGCAGGAGGAACGGGCCCCGGCCAUUGUCUGCCAAGAUAUGAGACAUGAUUGUUGGACGCAGAAGAUUAAAAUUGCUGGGAAUUCUGAUGAUGGUAAAUUUCUUUAUAUAUGUCAUUGUGGAAGUCUCCAAAAAUAGUGGCCAAGACAAAAAUUCAAAACGGCAAGUUAUACUUCCAAGGAGCAGAUUUUGGAGAAAGUAUACUCCUCAUAAGGCAUAUUGGAAUAAACAACAGCAGAAGUUGGAACACUUAUAUAAUCCUAUUUUUGCAUUGCUUUUCAAUAUGACUGUGGAAGAAAGGUUAUCUUUCAAUAACAGCUUUUUGAACUCUUGUGAUCCUGAUCCAUUUGUAUCCUCAGAUCUUAAAGAUUUUGAAGGCUUACCAGAUAGGUUUAAAGACUUUUUUCAUUAUUUAAGAUGUAGAAAUUAUUCAUUAUUAAUAGAUCAGCCACACAAGUGCAAACAUAAACCUUUUUUGCUUCUGGCUAUUAAAUCACUCAUACCACAUUUUGAUAGAAGGCAAGCAAUCCGGGAAUCCUGGGGAAGGGAAAUUAAAUUAGGAGACAUAACUGUUGUGAGGGUUUUCCUAUUAGGUCAAAUUCCUCCUGAAGAUAACUAUCCCAAUCUGUCAGAUAUGUUGAAAUUUGAGAGCAAAACCCACCAAGACAUACUUCUGUGGAACUACAGAGAUACUUUCUUCAAUUUGACUCUGAAGGAGGUACUAUUUCUAAAAUGGGUCAGUAACGCUUGCCCAGAUGCUCAGUUUAUUUUCAAGGGAGAUGAUGAUGUUUUUGUGAAUACCCAUCAGAUCCUGGAUUACUUGAAGAGUUUAACUAAAGAAAAAGCCAAAGACUUGUUCAUAGGUGAUGUUAUCCGUGAUGCUGGACCUCAUCGUGAUACAAAUGUGAAAUACUAUAUCCCACACAGUAUUUAUGAAGGCUCUUAUCCUCCAUACGCAGGAGGUGGCGGAUUUCUUUAUUCUGGUGAUCUGGCAUUAAGAUUAGCUAACAUAUCUGACCAAGUCCUUCUUUAUCCUAUUGAUGACGUGUACAUUGGCAUGUGCCUUGAGAGACUUGGGCUUUCUCCAGAAAAGCACAAAGGCUUCAAAACAUUUGACAUUGAAGAGAAACAGAGGGACAAUAUUUGCUCCUAUACAAACCUAAUGUUAGUCCACAACCGGAAUCCUCAAGAAAUGAUUAAAAUCUGGACGAACUUGCAAGAUCCACAUUUAAGUUGUUAAAUAUGUAUGUGUCCAAAAAUUAUUUCUAAAUUUCAGUUUAAAUUUUUUGGCUAAAUGGUAAGCAUAUUAUCUUCAUUUGGUAGCUUGUUUUGUAAACCAAAAUUAGCUAGUAACAGAUUGUCUAGUACUUCUAAAAGUGAGAUUACAACUGCAAGAGGGCACAUCAGAAGAUAUGGCAUGAAAAUAUUCUUAUUAUCUACUGUCCUAAAAUUUUGAAAAAUUAAAGCUUUCCAAAGUUGUGAUUAGCAUAAUUUUAAAGACUGAUUAGUCAAAUUAUAUUCAAUAAAUUGCUGUUAUUCUGAUACUGUAAUUUAAUUAUGGUGAUAGAUUCCAUCUUUCCUGAAAUGAGAAAUUGUAGAGAUUUUGCUGUUAACUCAGACUCUUAUUUUCCCAAGUUCCAUAAUAACUUAAAUAAUAUCCUAAUUAAAGAGGGGGGUUUGCAGGUUUGUUUCCACCUUCAACUUCAACUCUUUUAUCACUUCACUAAAUAAUAUUUUAGUUAAUGAUGGUAGAAACAUCUCUAAUACGGGACUGUGUAUGUAAAAGAUCAAAUUUUACGUCAGUGAGAAUCUCAUGAAAAUGGUGAUGAUUGAGAUACCAAUUAAAAAAAAAUCCUUAAGGUUAUUGAGUCUAUAUUGAAAGGAAUAUAUUCUAAAAAUCUCAAAUCACUAUAUUGCUAUAUCUUCAUAUGUGUAAUAUCUGACAAUUCAAACAGCAUUUGCUGUCUUUGUAUAUGUAGAAGUGCCUGUAUUUAUUGUUUAAAUGGAAGACCAAAAUAUUUUCUUAAAAAUAUUUAAGAAACAUUUGUAAAGUGCUGUCAGUCAUAUUUAAAUAAAAUAGAGUAUGCUAUUUUAAAUGUGUUGAAAUGCGAAAUGUUAAAUAAAAUUGUUUUUGAAUUUGAAAAAAAAAUGAUUUGUGUACAUUGCGGUAUAUAUGUAAUAUGCCCAGACAGUUCUAAAUACUUCAGUGCUUAGCAACUGCUCAUGACUAACAGAGCAGUUAAAGAAAUGAAACUUCCACAUAUCACAGCUCUGUCAUAGCUUGCUCUCUGUUGCAUGAAGAAAAAAAAUGACAAGCCUAACUAAUUUUUAUGUCUUUAUCAUAUUCCAUGUCUGCUGUUGGGAAAAAUGGGAGGAGGGAGCACAGUGCGUGCCCCUUGACUCCCUGAAUGAAAAACAGAAUGGAAAUCAAAUGAAUAUAGCUUGCAGGAGCAAACUAGAUUUAAAAGAUAGCACUGAAUGAUACUUCGCACUGGUAAUUUCCUUCUAUUGGUACAAAAAGGUUGUGCCAAAAAUGUUUCUGUUCUAGUUCAGGCUAAAACAGUGUUCUCCAAAUACUGGCUACAGUGAUUAAGAUCUUACAGACAUAAAAUAAAUAUAUGGCAUCUGUUACUCUGAUGUUAUGAAUUAAAAUAGUAGUAAACAUAUUUCACAUUUAGGUACAGAUUUUAGGAUGAACCAUUAAAAAAAACUAGAACUUCUGUAUGUUGUCUAUCUUUACCAAAGUAUUUGUAGAACAGAAUUAAUUACUCUUAUUGUAUCCUAGUUUAUUCUUUGUGUUAAUUAACCAAAAACGAAAUAUCCUCAAAUAGCAACCCUAUAUUUGUUUAAAGGCUGCUGUCCAUUGAACUUGAAUAUGUUUCAGUGAACUUAUAUCUGCAUAAGCAAAAUAAGAUUGCACUCCAAAUAUAUUUUAAUUUAUGAAAGUAGCUACAGCAUCUUGCUUUUGUCCGGCUUCUUGUGUCAGCUGAUCAAAUCUAUAGAAGUAACAUUUUGGUAACUA